GUCCUUUUUUCCUCUCUCUCUCUCUCGCUCGCCCCUUCGCUUCUUUUCCGUUUCUCUCUCUGAUCUCAGAGAAUCCAUAUCGCGACGACGUUCGUCGGGAAAAGGAGAGAGGGAGAGACACUUCUGGAAGGCCUCAGUUCUAGGGAUUGCGGUCAGCCAUUUUUUCCGGACUGCGGUUGAAGGAUUCGAGAGAGGGAGGGGAGAGAUAGCGCGCGCGAGAGAGGAGGAGGAGGAGAAGGAGAAGUUGGCGUAAUAAUGUCGGCAUUGGAUUCUGUCGAUUCACUUCUCUUCUUUCUCAGCGGAGCUUUCUGCAGUCCUGUAGCUGUAUUCGUUCAGAUCCAGGGAUGUAUGAUUUGCUUAACUCUUGCAAUUGGGUGGGCGUUUGCUGCUUAUGUCAGGAACAGAGAGAUCAAACAAAUGAAGGAAAGCAUGAGAACAGGCAAUAGCUUUGCCUUUCUUUUUCAUGAUGUUAAUGCUCUUGAGCACUCUAAUCAGGUCAAUCUUCCAAGGGUUAGUGUUGUGAUGCCUUUAAAAGGUUUUGGGGAGCAUAAUUUACAUAAUUGGAGAAGUCAGAUCACAUCUCUCUAUGGUGGUCCUUUAGAGUUUCUUUUUGUAGUGGAAAGCACUGAAGACCCUGCUUACCGUGCAAUAUCCCUAUUAAUAUCAGACUUUAAGGAUGAUAUUGAUGCUAAAAUUAUCAUGGCUGGUUUAUCAACAACUUGUAGUCAGAAAAUUCAUAACCAGUUGGUUGGGGUAGAGAAUAUGCAUAAAGAGAGCAAAUAUGUAUUAUUUCUGGAUGAUGAUGUUAGGCUGCACCCUGGGUCAAUCGGAGCCCUCACUGCUGAAAUGGAGAAAAAUCCUGAGAUAUUUAUUCAAACUGGAUAUCCUCUUGACUUGCCUUCUGGAAGUUUAGGGAGUUAUUGUAUUUAUGAAUACCAUAUGCCUUGCUCAAUGGGCUUUGCAACUGGUGGGAAAACAUUUUUCCUAUGGGGAGGUUGCAUGAUGAUGCAUGCUGACGAUUUUAGACAAGACCGUUAUGGCGUGGUGUCGGGACUUCAAGAUGGUGGAUAUUCUGAUGAUAUGACUCUUGCAGCAAUUGCUGGAGCUCACAAGAGGCUCAUUACAUCACCUCCAGUUGCUGUGUUUCCUCAUCCCCUUGCAAGUGAUCUUAGUUUCUCAAGGUAUUGGAAUUACUUGAGGAAGCAAACAUUUGUUUUGGAAUCAUACACAACAAGGGUUAAUUGGUUAAUGAAUAAAGCACUAUUUUCUACCCAUUGCUAUCUGUCAUGGGGAUUUGUUGCACCAUACUUUAUGGCCAUGAUUCAUGUUGCGGCAGCAUUACAAAUUUACAUCAAAGGAUAUUCAUAUGAUGAAACAACCUGUACUUCCAGAGGAUUGUUACUUGUAAGCUGCCUAACUGUAUGUACCUUUGCCGAACUUCUUUCUAUGUGGAACUUGACAAGGGUAGAAGUUCACUUGUGCAACAUGUUAUCUCCUGAGGCACCACAACUCUCACUUCGUACUUACAACUGGGUCAUGGUAUUUAUUGCACUGCUGGUGGAUAACUUUCUAUAUCCUAUCUCUGCCAUGCGUUCACAUUUUUCUCAGUCUAUCAAUUGGUCUGGUAUCAGAUAUCACUUGAAGAAUGGAAAGAUAAGCAAGAUUGAAAGAAAGAAGGAAAAGGGUCCAAUUUUUACAGACUUGGGAGGGAAGCAUUUGUAUGGGAAGAAGGGAGCUCCUCCUAAAGCCUCAUUCCUCAGUUCUUUGGCCAGAAGUUUAGAUCAAUGGCGUCAACCCAAGAAAUACGAUGUCUAGACUCUAGAGAUUGGCUUCAGCAUAGAAAAUCAUCUCAUGAUUUUGCCAUCUUUUGAAGUUCAAUAGGCAGCAAACAACGUAGAAAGCAAAGAUUUGUGGAUUAUUUGGUCUUUCAAUAUUGAUUGAUUUUAGAAGAUCUAGGAAUUUUUUCACCGCCCCAUUUUUUUCUAAAUCCCUUUUAAAUCAAUUUUAUUCUUCAUUGUCAACGCCGCCGUGUGUUGGGUCUGGUUUUGUAUUUUGUAUCGGUUUCGUUUUGUAUUUUGUAUUCAUAUACACAUUGAAAUUCAAAUGCGAGACAGUAGUGUUGUGGUCUUCUGUUGUAUUUUCAGCGGUGGUGUUUUUGUAGUACGGAUUCAAAAUGCCAUCUACCGUGAUAAUCUUGUUGCA